CACAGGCGCCGCACAAUGAACUGCGCUUGCGCCAGCGAACGCCCCUCCCCUCUUACCCCGGUCUUCUAUAAAGCCUCGAGUUUCUCCUCGCGAGAGAGUUCGUUCUCAUGCUCGCUGCAGGGGUCGGAGGUCAGACCGAGCGUCUCGCGGGCCGUAGGAGGAAGAUGGCGGUGGAGUCGCGCGUUACCCAGGAGGAAAUUAAGAAGGAACCGGAGAAACCGAUCGAUCGGGAGAAAGUAUGGGGUCCGGAAAGAGACGUGCCCACUGCUGCUGCGUGUUUUCACCACCAAUAACGGCCGCCACCACCGAAUGGACGAGUUUUCCCGCGGAAAUGUACCGUCCAGCGAGCUGCAGAUCUACACCUGGAUGGAUGCAACUUUGAAAGAACUGACUAGUUUAGUAAAAGAAGUCUACCCAGAAGCUAGAAAGAAGGGCACACACUUCAAUUUUGCAAUUGUUUUUACAGAUCCUAAAAGGCCUGGCUAUCGAGUAAAGGAGAUUGGCAGCACCAUGUCUGGGAGGAAGGGGACUGAUGACUCGAUGACCCUGCAGUCGCAGAAGUUCCAAAUAGGAGACUAUCUGGACAUAGCAAUCACACCUCCAAAUCGGGCACCACCACCUUCAGGGCGCAUGAGACCAUAUUAAAUUUUAUUUACUAUUUCUUGAAUUAUUUUUCAUUCAGUUAUGUAAAAUAAAUUCUUUUUCUUCCCCUCA